GUAGUUGCGUGGACUCACCCGAGCCUCCCUAGUAAAUAACAAGAGAAGGCGAAAGUACUUCAGAAAACAGCGAGUCGACGACACACGGGCACGCAUUGUUCUUGGCCCGUCUCCCGACCCGUAGCCGCGCCCUAUUACGCCUGCGUGGCUCACUGGCCUAUAAAAGGCCGGCUCGCGGCGUCUCGCCGCCAGUGGCUCUUCCUGUUUGCGGCGGUGGUUGUGGCUCCGCGGCGGCCGGGAAGAUGGCGUCCACCAGCCGUUUGGAUGCUCUUCCAAGAGUCACAUGUCCAAACCAUCCAGAUGCGAUUUUAGUGGAGGACUACAGAGCUGGUGAUAUGAUCUGUCCUGAAUGUGGCCUGGUUGUAGGUGACCGGGUUAUUGAUGUGGGAUCUGAAUGGAGAACUUUCAGCAAUGACAAAGCAACGAAAGAUCCUUCUCGAGUUGGAGAUUCUCAAAAUCCUCUUCUGAGUGAUGGAGAUUUGUCUACCAUGAUUGGCAAGGGUACUGGAGCUGCUAGUUUUGAUGAGUUUGGCAAUUCUAAGUACCAGAAUCGGAGAGCAAUGAGCAGUUCUGAUCGAGCAAUGAUGAAUGCAUUCAAGGAAAUCACGACCAUGGCAGACCGAAUCAACCUCCCUCGAAAUAUAGUUGAUCGAACAAAUAAUUUAUUCAAGCAAGUGUAUGAACAGAAGAGCCUGAAGGGAAGAGCUAAUGAUGCCAUAGCCUCUGCUUGUCUCUACAUUGCCUGUAGACAAGAAGGGGUUCCUCGGACAUUUAAAGAAAUAUGUGCCGUAUCACGAAUUUCUAAGAAAGAGAUUGGCCGAUGUUUUAAACUCAUUUUGAAGGCUUUAGAAACCAGUGUGGAUUUGAUAACAACUGGGGACUUCAUGUCCAGAUUCUGUUCCAACCUCUGCCUUCCUAAACAAGUGCAGAUGGCAGCUACGCAUAUAGCUCGUAAAGCUGUGGAGCUGGACUUGGUUCCCGGGAGGAGCCCAAUAUCUGUGGCAGCGGCAGCCAUUUACAUGGCCUCACAGGCGUCAGCUGAGAAGAGGACCCAAAAAGAAAUUGGAGAUAUCGCUGGCGUUGCUGAUGUUACAAUCAGACAGUCCUACAGAUUAAUUUAUCCUCGAGCCCCAGAUUUAUUUCCUACAGAUUUCAAAUUUGACACCCCAGUGGACAAACUGCCACAGCUUUAAGUUGAGGCAGCCAACAUCAAACUCGUAUGUACACAGAACUUUACCUAUUGUACGUCACCCAGAAGACUGGGUUGAUCCUUUAAGGAGGAAAAGGACGUGGUACGCAUUCCAGGGCUACAUGUUAUUGCUUGGCAUUCUAUAUGUAUAUACUAGUGAAACAUAUUUAAUGAUUUAAAUUUCUUAUUGAAUUUGCUUUCUUUUGUAGCAAUCUAGGAUACUGUAUUUUGGAAGAUAUUUGAAAUUACAUGAUGAAUAAAAACAAUUUUUCAAAGCCAAA